AUGACGACAGGGAGCACUGGCCAGUUCCUUGCUGACAAGAUUCACAGGGAGGAAAACUCAGGACACAAACUAGAUGANAGAAGAUCUAACCACCCCCUUUUGCCAGGGGAAGAAUCCAAAAUCAGUCAAGCCCGACACAGAUACUCUGUGAUCUGUGCUAUGGGCCUAAUUGUUAAAUUGGCUAUCAUUUAUGUGAUCCUGAAGUCACCAAAGGUGAAAAGAGUAACUAAUGUGUUUGUCCUGAGCCUAACUAUUGCCGAUGGGCUCUUUGUGCACGUUCCCACUAGUAUCACUGAGUACCUGCUACAGCUUUUUGGAGAGCCAUUCUGCAAACUGGUGCUGACCACUGACUACUACAUCUUCUCCAGCAUCUACUUUCUUGUUGGGAUGCGUAUGGACUGCCACUUAGCGGUACUGGCCACUGUGCAAUCUUGCCAAUUGCCUAGGCACAUAGAGGGAGCAAAAGUUGUGACACCCAGUUGUGGGCUAAGUUUCCUGAGACCAGAGUGGGCCUGGUUUCAGGCCAGNCACUCAUAUACACUGGUUCUUGGCUUUGCAAUGCCAUUGUGCAUCAUCUGCAUGUCAUAUGUAGACCUGCCGUGCAGACUUUAUACCAUGAAACUCCACUCUAGCAUGAAAGUUCUAGGCAAAGCCAAGAGGAAGAUAACUGUCCUGGUUUCCACUGUUUCCACUGUGUUGGCCAUGUGCUCUCUUUGCUGGAUGCCCUUUCACCUGGCCUCUGUGGUAGCCCUGACUACAGGCAUGCCCUACAUAUCCCUGGUUAUUGGUAUCUCCUAUGCUGUCACCAGCCUCAGCUAUGUCAACUCAUGCUUCGAUCCUUUUAUGAACUCAUUCCUGAAUGACAACUUCCACAAGAAUUUCUGUACCAUAAUCCUGCUUCAGGAGGCCUGA